AUGUUCAAUCUGAUGAAUUCCAUGAUUCUCAGUGCAGGUCGACCACAGGAGACGAGCGAGAUGACGACCGGCAGCUUGUCCUAUAUCGCGGGUGCUCUAGCUCAGGCAUCUGUCCGUGCUCAAGUAUCACUACCCGUUCACGGGUGGGAGAAUGGGAGAACUCAGAUGAUUCAAGACAUUUCUCUAGUGCUCUCACAGCGUGAGGAGAGUUGGCCGAUUGCCGAAUUCCGGGACCUGAAGAGUCGUAUCCGUUCGGACGGCGAUGUUGCGAAUUCCGCAGUUCCUGGCUGUAAUUUCCUACUCUUCGGCGGGGUAUUGUCUUGGUCCAGCCCCUUCUCGGGCCGCGACCUCGUCAGUGCACAGAAAUACGGGUUGGUCAAGUACAAGGAGUACUGA